AGUCCCCAUCUGGCAAUGGGUUCUUUUGACUGCUAAGCCGCGCUCUAAGCUAGACGGACUUUCCGCGUUUCCACCUCACCUUUUCUGUCCCUCUCGGGCCCCCGUAGCGGAGCCACACAGAAGCCAUAGAGAAGAAACAAACAAGGGGGGGAGGGGGGGACGCGGAAAGUGGGCCAGUUGGGUGGAGCUUUGCGCGUGACGUCACUGGGCGGCGCAGCCAACACCGAUGGAAUCGGAUUCGAACGCUGGCGGGAAGAUAAAGCGGCGUUUGGCGUAGCCGGCGAAGUUGCGUUCCCGCGCUUUUUUGUCCUUCCUGCGCUACCGUUUUUUUUUUUUUCCUGAGCGGCUGUGUAAGAGAGAGAGCUCCGUUUGUUUACCGGCGGGCUGCUUCCAUGGCAACUCCACCCAAGCGGAGCCGCAGCGGCGUGAAGAAGAUCGCCAUCGAGGGCAAUAUAGCCGCAGGUAAAUCUACCUUUGUGAAUAUUCUCAAAAAAGCCCGAGAGGAAUGGGAAAUUGUUCCAGAGCCAGUGGAAAAAUGGUGCAAUGUUCAAGACUGCCGCGAUGACUGUGAGGAGCUGACAGCCUCACAAAAGAGCGGUGGAAACCUUCUUCAAAUGAUGUAUGAGAAGCCGGAGAGAUGGUCCUUUACUUUUCAAGCCUACGCCUGUCUAAGCAGAAUCAGGGCUCAACUCAAAUCCCUUGAAGGGAAACUAAAAGAACCUGAGAACGCUGUGGUUUUCUUUGAACGAUCCGUUUAUAGUGACAGAUACAUCUUUGCAUCCAAUUUAUAUGAAUCUGAUUGCAUGAAUGAAACAGAGUGGACUAUUUAUCAAGAUUGGCACAGUUGGAUGAAUCAGCAGUAUGGAUCGAGCCUUGAACUGGAUGGCAUUAUUUAUCUCCGAGCUACUCCUGAAAAAUGCUUGGAUAGGAUUUACAUCCGUGGAAGGGAUGAAGAGCAAGGCAUUCCCAUGGAAUAUCUGGAGAAACUCCAUUACAAACACGAAAGCUGGCUCCAGCAUCGGACAUUACGAACAGAGUUUGAAUACUUGCAAAAAGUACCCGUUUUAACCCUCGAUGUAAAUGAAGAUUUCAAAGGCAACAGAGACAAACAUGAAAAUAUGAUUGAGAAGGUCCAAGAAUUUUUAAGUACAUUAUAGCAUUUCCAGAAGUGUUAACUGAAGCCGAGUGUUCCCAGCACUUGGAUCAGUUAUUCAUUUUAUCAAUGCUUGGUUUUGCUUAACUAGAUUCAACUAUAUUAUGCGGUUAAAUAUUGCUACGAGCUGGUAUUUUAUUUGCAUGUUCCUUGGGUGAAGUCUUUGCCGGGCAUGAACAUUUGUUGCCAAAAACAACCGAAGAGAGGACUUGCUGUAACAACCGUAACAUUCUUUUUUAUAGCAUGAAUGAAAGUGUUAAAUGUCCUGAUGUCUCUAUAAUUAGCAAAACUUGGAUGAUACGUCAGAUUUCAUCACAUACAUUUUAAUCAUCUAUAUUCCUGUGGGAUUGAUGUAGGGCAGCAACUCCCUUCCUAUAAACUGGAAAUUUUUUUAAAAAAACUUUCCAAGCUUGCAUUUGACCCUCAAUUAUAUCUUUGAAGUCAUAGUGAAGCAAAUUUGGGGUAGCUUGAUGUAAGUUAACAAAACGUCUGUCAUAGAUGGUUUGUAGGUAACCACAGAUUAUUCUAAAGCAGAAGCAUUUCCCUGGAGUAUGGAUACAUUUGAUAAGUAAAUGAUGAAAGCAGCCAUUCAUUCUUUUCUGUAUGUGUUGUGAUAUUGGACACAUGUUCAAAAGGAGGACAGUUUGCGUUGCACUGAUCUACCACUGCUUGGGUUAGAUGAUUAAUUUUUUUCACCUGUCUUCUCAAGGCAAUCCCCUCCGUUUCCUAGCAUAGUCUGUUGACUUCUUCCUGUAGAAUAAAAUCCCCAAAGUAAAUCAUUUAUGACUUCUCCUUGGAUUCAAACUGGCUCUUUCCUUCGCUCGGAAAGUCAUUCCAAGAAGCUAUGCAUCAAACUUACAGGGAUGCCAAACAGACUCGCCUAGAUAAAUCAGGACUAUUUAAUGAUUCUGCAUUGAACCAAAAAUGUGUGUUUUAUUUAAUGUUCUGUAUGCAUUAGAUUCUUGGCCUAAGGCAGGGGUGUCCAACUUUGCAACUUUAAGAUCUGUGAACCUGGCUGGCUGGGGAAUUCUGGGAGUUGGAAAUCCACAGAAAGUUGCAAGGUUUGAUACCCCUGGACUAAGGCGUAACUGUCUGCAGCCGAUUUGUAUUCAGCUGCUUUCUUGCUUCAUUUUUUAUCAAUUUCAACGUACUGCUAAAUAUUCCACUUAAAGUUGGAGUUGUUCUCUUAAAACACUUGGACCCGUUUUAUAUUGUUCAUGGGAAUCCUGGAAAGGAACUUCAAAAGUAACUGUGGUUUUAACUUAUUCAUCUCUUUACCAUUUCAUGAUUUUAAAACUGCAAAGCAUCAAAUUGGGUUGGCUCCUUUAAAUGGAUUUAUUCUUACAUGGUGUCUUUAGAUCAGUGGUGGGAUACAACCGGUACGCCCCAGUAUGGGUGUACCGGUGCCUGCUGGGAGCACCAGGUACCGUUCCAGUACGGUGCUCUGGAGGGCCCGCCCGCCCGCCUUACCUUUAUUUGAACUGUUUGGGGCUUACGUGCACAGAGCAUACGGCACCUGCGUGAUGCUCCGCUGAGCAGCUGGAGUGUCACGGAGGCAUCGCAGCCACUAGGUGCGCAUGCGCAUGUGCUGCUCGCGUUCAUGUAGUGGAUGCCCGUCCCCAUUGCACCAUACUGGUUGCAAUGGGAUCCGGAACCCACCACUGCUUUAGAUGUAGUUUAAUGAGUCCCUGUUUUUACCCCCCAAAGAUGUACGACAUUUGAUCAUCUUGGAAACUUUUUUUUUUGCUGAAAUAACGGUCGAAAACAUCACAUUUCUGUAUCAUUAACCAUAUCAAUAAAUCUUAAUCAUUUGUCAAUAGAA